CCUCUUCCCCUCUCGCUCUCUGCAACUUUCACUCUCUCAGUCUCUAAUGGCCUUCACUUUCCUCUCAAUCCCCAACUUUCUCUCUCCCCAACCCAACUUUCUCUCCCUAAAACCCCAAUUCGCCUCUCUCCGACCCUCCAGCUUCCCUCUCCCGGCCCGCCCACUCAAACCCGCCCACGCAAUCGGCCCCGACGGCAAGUACUACCCGGACCCCUCCGACGACGACCCGCCCGAAGCCCCCGAAGACUCCGGCCACGGCGUCUCCAAAUUCCAGCAAAUCCAGCGCCAGGCCUCCCGCCACCAGAAGCUCCAGGAGGACGACUUCAAGAAGCACCAGAACACCAUGCUCUCCGCCAUUGCCGACGUCGAGGACCCGCCGGAGAACCCCGGCUCCGGAACUACCCCCAGCUCCGGGGACGAUUUGUUCGGCGACAUCGACGAAGCUAUUGCCUUGAAGCGCAAGGAGUUUGUGAAGCAAGGGCUUUUGAAGCCGAACCCUAAGGUGGAGGCGGUGGAGGAGCUGGAGCUGGAGCCGGAGGAGGUGGUGGACUUGGAGGAGAUUGAUGAACUUCAGGGGCUGGCGAUUGUGGGUGAGGAUUCGGAUGAGGAAGGGACUGAGAAAUUCGACUCAAAGGUUGGUGAUUUGGAUGAGAAAGAUGGUGUUUCGGUUUCGAGUUCUUUGUUUGAUAUGGAUUUUGAUAAUUAUGGUAAGACUAGGGCUAGAAUUGUGGAACCUAAGUUUAAAAUGAGCUUAGCUGAGCUUUUGGAUGAGAGUAAAGUGGUGCCUAUUUCGGUUUAUGGUGAUUUAGAGGUGGAGAUAACCGGAAUUCAGCACGAUUCGAGGGUGGUCAGUGCCGGGGAUUUGUUUGUGUGCUGUGUUGGGAGGAAAACCGAUGGUCAUUUGUAUUUGAGUGAGGCUAUUAAGAGAGGAGCGGUGGCUGUAGUAGCUAGUAAGGAGAUAUACAUGGAGGAAAGCUUGGGGUGCAAGGCAUUGGUCAUUGUGGAAGAUACCAAUGCUGAUUUACCGGCAUUGGCUGCGUCGUUUUAUAGGUAUCCGUCAAAGAAUAUGUCAGUGAUUGGGAUAACGGGGACGAAUGGGAAGACGACGUCAGCAUAUUUGAUAAAGGGGAUGUAUGAAGCGAUGGGAUUGAGGACGGGUAUGUUGAGCACAGUUGCGUAUUACGUACAUGGAGAUAAUAAGUUGGAGUCGCCUAAUACAACCCCGGAUGCUGUUUUGGUUCAAAAUAUGAUGGCCAAGAUGCUCCAUAAUGGGGCUGAAGCAGUUGUCAUGGAGGCUUCUUCUCACGGGCUAGCUCUGUCUAGGUGUGAUGAAGUUGAUAUUGACAUAGCGGUUUUUACAAAUUUGACGAGAGACCAUUUGGAUUUUCAGGUGACUGAGGAGGAGUAUAGGGAGGCAAAGGGUAAGUUGUUUUCAAGGAUGGUUGAUCCAGAACGGCACAGGAAAGUUGUCAACAUUGAUGACCCAAAUGCACCUUUCUUCAUUUCACAGGGGAACCCAGAUGUUCCAGUUGUGACCUUUGCCAUGGAGAAUAAGAAUGCAGAUGUCUAUCCCUUGAAGUUUGAACUUUCCUUGUUUGAGACACAGGUUUUAGUCAAUACUCCCAAUGGUAUAUUGGAGAUAUCAUCAGGGUUGCUUGGACGGCAUAACAUUUACAAUAUACUGGCUGCAGUAGCAGUUGGGAUUGCAGUUGGAGCACCAUUAGAAGACAUCGUUAGGGGAAUUGAAGAGGUUGAUGCUGUUCCAGGGAGGUGUGAGUUGAUAGACGAGGAACAGGCGUUUGGUGUGAUUGUGGAUUAUGCUCACACUCCUGAUGCCUUGUCCAGGCUAUUGGAUUCUGUACGGGAGCUUGGUGCAAGGAGGAUUAUUACUGUAAUCGGUUGUCCUGGGGAGAGUGACAGAGGGAAAAGACCUAUGAUGGCGAAGAUUGCAACAGAUAAAAGUGAUGUGACAAUACUGACAUCUGACAAUCCAAAGAAUGAAGAUCCAUUGGACAUCUUGGAUGAUAUGCUGGCUGGUAUAGGAUGGACAAUGCAGGAAUACUUGAAACAUGGCGAGAAUGAUUACUACCCACCUCUUCCAAAUGGUCAUAGGAUUUUCCUGCAUGAUAUAAGACGAGUAGCCGUACGGUGUGCUGUUGCCAUGGGUGAGGAAGGUGAUAUGGUUGUGGUUGCGGGCAAAGGCCAUGAAGCGUAUCAGAUAGAAGGGGACAAAAAAGAGUUCUUUGAUGACCGGGAAGAGUGUCGAGAGGCAUUACAGUAUGUUGAUGAGCUUCACCAAGCUGGAAUUGACACAAGUGAAUUCCCUUGGAGGUUACCUGAGAGUCAUUGACCUCUUCCAAAGGGAGUAGGUGAGUACAGGCAAAUUUCAGGGAGCAUUAUGCGCACAUGCUGUUGGUUGCAGUUAGGCGAUUAUUGCCGGAAACACACAGCACAUGUGAACCAAGUGUAUCAAUCUGGGUUUGUAGGAGUGAAUGAUGUAGAAUUUGUGUGAAGGCAGUUGGAUAGUCUUGGUUACGAAAGAAUGGCUAGUGAGCUUUUGCUCUCAGAAGGGGUGUACUUUUGGAGAAGGCUGAAAAUGUUCACCCUUGAAAGGUUAUAGGUUUGAGAAAGUAAAGCAAGGAAAGAUCCAGCCUAAUUUGACUUCUAGAUAGCCAUAUGUCCAACUUGAUUUGGAAAUAAGCGCAAGUGGGUGGUAGUGUUGUUAGCCAAAAAGUAAUGUGCUUCAAGAACCAAUUGGGGUAUUGAUAGGUGGGCCUCAUAGUCUCUGUUCAAUAUUUUUUGGGUGUUGGGUUCAUUCACAGUUCUUUAGUGAUACCAACCGAGUAGUGCUGAUCUGCUGUUACCCAGCUCUAUCAUGGGUGGUGACCUGAGGUGGGAGUUUAGGAGGAAGGACAAUGGCGAUGAGUCUUCAAGUGAUGAAUCUAAAUCAAGUAGUGAGGCAGCUCACGAGAAGCAUAAACUGGUUUCCUCUUUGAUUUCGGUUGAAAAUGAUGAAGAAAUUGGAACUCAUAGAGUCAAGCAGAAUGUCACGAGCAAUCCUCAUACAGAGGUUAAAAUUAUGACUGGGAAAGGCAAAAAUGUGCAUUCACAAAGGAGCGGAAAGGAAAGUUCAAUUCAUGAUGGCACAGAGAGGGAUUCUCAUGAAGAAGGCAGUAGAAAAAAGAGUAAAACCAGUGUUUAUGAGCCUGCUGCCAUGGAUGAGAUUAAGAGAUUCAUGGAGUCCUUAUUAGAGGAUCUUAAAGUGACAAGAGAUAAUUUGUUUUCAUGGAUGAGGCAGGAAAUGCAAAAAUUGGUGAUGGAUGAUACUCAUCCACCUCUUGAACGGAGAGAACAAAGUUUUGGAGAGAAAAAUCUCCUAGUGCAACAUGGAGAAAUCGUUGAGAACACCACCUCUAAGGAGAAUAGACAAGUGAACAAAAGAAAGUUUGAAGAGAAUAUUCAGAUACGUCAUCAAAAUAACUAUCCGAAAGAUGUUUUGGUGCCGCAUGAAACCAACUUUGAGGAUAAUGUAUUUGCACAACAUCAUAACAACUUAAAGGAGACAAUCCAAGUGCAGCAUCAGAACAACUCCGAAGAGGCAGAUGUUCAAGUGCAAUCUCAAAGCAACUUUGAAUCUGGCAUGAGAGCUCAAAAAUGUAAUAUUGGAUCUUUGGAGGGUACUGCUAGAAGCAAUCAAGCAAGUGGUUAUGAUAAUGGCUAUCGAGUACUUGGAAAACAAGUUGAUAAUGGCCAAGACACUAGAGCCUUGAUACCAAGGGAAAAGUUUGGUUCACUUGUCAAGCCAAAUUUUCAGUCCUGUUCCACAGAAAUUAAUGCCCAGAGGCAGCAUCAGACAAACUAUCUAUUGGGCAUAAGACCUCCAAAUUACAA